AUGAGAGCUGUAGUUCAACGCGUCGCAUCGGCCUCGGUAUCAGUCGACGGAAAUGUGAUCUCAAGCAUAUCCCGAGGACUGAUGGUCUUAGUUGGAAUCGGUACUGGUAUGGAUAUCGUAUCUCGGCCCUUGUCUUCCGUACUGACCACUAGCAAUAGACUCAACAUCCGCGUUUUCGAUGCGGAUGGUUCGAUGUGGAAGUCGAACGUCAAGGAUAUCGCUGGCCAAGUCCUCUGCGUCUCCCAGUUCACGCUGAUGGCGAACACUACCAAAGGCAACAAACCUGAUUUUCAUCGUGCGAUGUCCUCGAAUGCCUCCAGAGAACUGUAUGCAACGUUUCUUGAGAAAAUGCGGCGUCUGUACGUGCCGGAUCGAAUACAAGACGGGCAAUUCGGUGCUAUGAUGGAUGUAUCGUUGACAAAUGAGGGACCUGUUACUCUGACGUUGGAUACUCGGAAGUUUGAGUAUGUUUCGGUUUCAGGAGGUGCAGACAAGAAAUCGAGUAAGAACGGCAAUAAAGAGGCCAAGAAUCAAACGGCUGACGCUGCUGGUUCGAGAUCUGUUGCCAGCGUCAAUCGCUCGACUGAUUCGGAGGUCGACGUUCCGUAGUGUUCGUGUGCGCGAACAAUGUCAAUUUCUUUGACCCUGUUGCCGUUCCUGACAAGGUAAACUGAACUGCGAAAGUUAGUUUUGUAGGUUUGGAUACUGAAAAGCCGAUGUCACAGUAAGCUGGGCCAUGUGGCAUCGACUCGGAAGUGUGACGGCAGAAAAUACGCGAGAUGACAGCGACAACUGUAAUCGGCUACAACAUACCACCGACAAGAGCCACAAUGGCUUUCGUACGCCA